ACUUUUCUGUGCUUUACGACACUGAAUUGGGUUUAACGGUAAACAUGGCGCUACACAGUAGAGCCUGCUGAAGGAGUGAGUCGUUGUGCUGAAGACGGUUUGUUUGUGUUGGUUUCCCCUCUCCUCCCGGUCACACAGAGUCUGAGCAGCAGCGGCUCUCGCUCCGCUCGGGUCAGGCCGGGAACAGACGGGUUAUGGCGGCGCAGCGCGGUGUUCUGUUCCAGGAGAAGGUCAGCCGGCUGCUCAGCAAGCAGCACGGCAGACCGGUGCUGAAGCCCAACAAGCCGCUGGUCCUCAAGGACGAGGUGGCCAACCGCAGGGUCAAGAGAGGAGGCGCGUCGUGUGUCACCGAGAUCUCGGUCCUGAUGGCGUGCUGGAAGCAGAACAGCUUUGUGGAGAGUGUGUGCUCCGUGGAGAUGAAGGCCUUCUACAGCUGCGUGGACGAGGCUCAGGUAUGUUGACCGCAGCACAAACACACAGC